AUGAGUUCAGAUACAACAUCCGAAUUCGUCAUUGAAAUUAUACAAGACUUUAACUGGUAUAGAUUAACUGAAGAACAGGAAGAAUUGCUCGACGAAUUAAUACCAAAUGAAGAAGCAAAAAGACGAUUUAAAAAGCAUGGAUUGUGUAGAUGGUACCCAUUCGAUGUCGAAUAUCGUAAACAAUGUGAUGAGGCAGAAGAAUAUAAUAAAUCUCUUCUUAAACCACGUUCACCUGCAGCACAUCCACAAGCAAUUUACACGAGCAGACGAUUAGUUGUGGAUGAUCUUCCUGAACCACAAAAUUCUAAAGAAUUCAACGAUCAAUAUUAUAAUGGUUCAGUAUCCUUGGAAUUUGAUUUUACAAAGCUUAAAUUUGAAGCCGAAUUUUUUAACACAAUAUCAUCAUUUUGUAUGGUUUGUGCUGGUGUAUUCGGUGUAAUGAUGCACUAUAAAGGUUUCGAAUUACGUUAUCCUAUAGCAUUUGCUUCGAUCAUAGUUGUUGGAAUAGGAUCGAUAUUAUUUCAUGGAACGUUAUUAUUCUCAUUACAAUUAUUUGACGAAAUACCAAUGGUGUUUUGCGUGUUAACGUUAUUAUAUAGUGUGGUUGAAAAUAAACCGCAAAAAAGGUUUGGCAAUUGGUUUCCCAUUCUAUUGAUUUGUUGGGGUAUUGGUAUAAUUUAUGUUAUGAUACAUUCUGGUAAAGAACAUGAUAACGAAUUAAUGCAAUCAAUAGAAUUUUAUGUAUUCCAAGGCACGUUUGUUGCUAUGUCAAUAUUCGUUUAUGCGCAUACGAUAAUGAUUGUAUUAAAUCCUGAUGGUGAACCUUCCAUCACCAGACUUUGGUUAUUAGGAAGCGCUGUUUUCUCAUUAGGUUAUAUUGGUUGGCAUAUUGAUUUACGCUUUUGUUCUGUCGUACAUCAAUUACCUUUCGCUCUGCCAAAUCCUCAAUUACACGCGUGGUGGCACUUGAUGGCAUCUUAUGGAUCCUACUUAUUAUGCGUAUUCGUUGCUUAUGACAGAGCAAAAGUAUUAGGUAAAAAACCCACUCUUAAAUGGAUGUUUAACGCUUUACCAUUUGUUCAAUUAUCGUCAUUUGAAUCACGUGAUGAAAAGAGUUCAUUGAAGAACAAGAAGGAACUACCAUAUGACGAGCAGUCUGAUGAAAAAACUCCUUUGAUAAGGAAAUUUUAG